AUGUACUUAUUUCCAAUAGUUUAUAAUAAAUAAAAGAAUGUGAUAAUUGUAAGAUAUAAAUUUUACAUAUAUAUCAUUCGAGAAUUGAACAAUGGUUAGUUCAAAAUAGUUGAUUAAUUGAAAUUUAAUACCAAUGAUAUUUAUGGAACAAUCACAAAUAAUGGAUAGUAUUUAGUUUAUUGGUAUGAUGAGAAGUAGUUUUAUUCAACAUAUGAAUUAUUAUAUAAAUGA